AAGGUGCAUUGGGGCAAUUUCGAAAAUGGGUAUAUUCCGAAAAGGCAAAAAAUCUACCAAACGCAGCAAUAUAUUCCAGCCGGCAACAUUAGGCCAAGCGCCAUCUUUGAUUUACUUGUGGCGACAGACGUCGCGAGCCGCUCGCGCUAGCGACACGCGAGUAUCGUCAAAUUAUUCAAGAGAAGUGAUUUCGCGCCAAAAUUUAGUGAUUCGUAAUAACCCCAACAUCGUUUUCUCGAAAUUCUGUGUCAUCAUGCCUCGUACUUAUUUAAAAAAGAAAAAUAAGUCAUACUCUCCUCAAGAUCUAGCCUCUGCCAUACAGCAGGUAAGAAACGGGGAGCUUACCGCAUAUGCUGCUGCACAGAAAUACAAAAUCCCAAUGACCACUCUUCAUGACCAUGUCAAAACUAAAGAUACUAGGCAGAAUGCAGGUAGACCCAUUGUUCUACCUUUAGAAGACGAAAAAAAGUUAGCAAGCACCAUCAUAGUCAUGGAGAAAUGGGGAUUUGGGCUCUCAAGAUCAGAGAUUUUGGAGAUUGUGGCUGAGUAUGUGCGCGUAAACAAUAUUCAGACACCAUUUAAGAAUAACACACCUGGACCAGAUUGGUUCAUUAACUUCAGAAAACGUCGCGGUUUGUCAAUAAAAAAAGCACAACCUGUAGAAUAUGUGCGACGUAAAAUGACAGACCCAUUCGUGAUUUCUGAAUAUUUUGAUUUGCUGAAGAAGACCUUGCAUGAUUUAAACCUUGUAGAAAAUCCAAACUCGAUUUGGAACUUGGACGAGACGUCAUUGUGUCUGGAUCCGACCAAAACAAAAGUGGUCGGACAAAAAAAUAAGCCAUGUGCGAGGACCACCUAUGGAAGUGGAAAAGAAAACAUCACUGUGUUAGCAGGAGCGAGUGCCAGUGGUAGAAAGUUGCCUCCUUUAAUAGUUUUUAAAGGAAAAUUUGUUUGGGACCAAUGGAUGGCUGAUCUUAACGAUAGUGAUUACGAUUUUGAAUUAACAUAUGCUGCAAGUGCUAAAGGGUGGAUGGAAACAGACAUUUUUCAUAAUUAUUUCGAAAAAGUACUCAUCCCAAGUCUCGGCGAAGAGCGACCAGCCCUUAUAAUUUACGACGGGCAUUCAACUCACGUCGAUGCCAGGGUUGUGGAGCUAGCGGUCCGAAAUAAUGUAACUAUCCUCAAAUUACCCCCACAUACAUCACAUUUAUUGCAACCGCUUGAUAUAUCUGUAUUUAAAUCAUUCAAAGCAAUAUGGGAUGCAAAACUGGUAGAGUGGCAGAGAAGAAACGUUGGUACGAAAAUGCCAAAAAACGCACAAACUAUGGCAGAUACUUGGCAACAAACGAACCCCGAAGUUAUAAAGAGUGGAUUUAAAAAGGCUGGAAUAUACCCUUUUAAUGCACAUGUCAUACCUAUUGACAAAUAUGAUCCAGACGCGUACCAAAGAUACAAGAAAACUUUGCUUGCCCGCACACUCAAACAGCCAAAGUCACUCAAAAAAAUAUGCAUUGAAUCAUUCAACAAUCAGUUUGCAGCAGUCAAUGAAACGAUUGAAAUAACAGGCAAUAAUUACGUUGCCUUGCUAUCUGCACAAUCAAGAAAUAAUUCCCAAAUGAUACCUUUUGAAGCCAGACACCCGAGCCAAGUACCAGCAUGUUUGCAGAAUUCGAAGCCAACAAAAUCCAAAAUAAAUAUAAUAUCAAACAUAGUCAUAAAGGAAGCAUCGCAAGUACCACUUCAAAACCCAUUUCAACUCGAUCCAUCAGUCUCAUUUGAAGAAUUAUUGCUGAGGAAAAUUCAGCAGGAUAAAAAGAAUAGUGCUCCAACAAAAAAAAAACGUGUUACAAAAGGUGCGGAAGUGAUAACUGCAGCCAUAGGAAAGAAAAUUCUAGAAGAAGUGAAAGAAACGAAAAGUAACAAAAUUGCAACUAAAACCAGUAAAGCGAAUGAUAAACGAAAACGUAAACGGGACCCUUCCUCUGAUACCACAAGUAUAUCCGAUAUUAUCAGCAAUCAUAGCGAUUCUGAUAUUAUUGAUUGUAACGAUUUUGAAGACUUGAUGGAAGACUGCGAUGACAAUUUUAAUUUUCACCAGGAGGAGACAAGUUUACAGAAAUCAAGAAAAGAUAGGAAGUGUGUUAUGAAGAUGAAAAACGAUAAAAACAUAACCAAUGAAAAGGCACUCGCUGACAAAAGUACAAAUAAUGUAUGUUCUAAGAAAGGCAAAGGUGUUGGGAAGAAAAGCAAAGGUAAAGAAAAUCAGAUGGAAAAUGAAGGAAUCAGUUAUUUUGCAACAGGUGAAGAAGACAAAUGAGCAGAUUGCAGAAUAUCCCAAAGAAACCCAAACCUGUACCUAAACUACAGCCACCAGGAACGGAGAAUAAAGAAUUAGCAUGUGGAAUUCCAGAAAAGUGCCCCGUUGUAAGGGAACGUUAUGAUUUAAAUGAUACAGUGCUUGUCAGGUAUUUUAUAAGAAACAAAUGGAAAUAUUAUGUUGGGUUCAUACAAAACAUAAGCAAACAUGAAGAACAAUUACUGUACUUUAUCGACUUCUUAAAAACGUCCAGAAGACAGCAACGUCUCAGUUUUGUUGAACCUAAAAAGAAAGAUACGGACCAAGUUCCAGAGUCAUUAGUAGUAAAGAAAAUAGAAUUACGGAGAAAACGAGAACAAGACAAAGAAUAUUACUUGACCCAUGAUGAAGACACUAUUUAUUUCGACUGACUUUAUACCAAAAACCUUCUAGAUUAGUUGCAUACCUACGUAUUGAUUUCUGACACACGAAUAUUAGACAUUUAAAUAAAACUACUUAAAUUAAGGACUUUAUCGCGGUAAUAUUAUUUAAUCCCGGCUUUUCGGACCCUUUAAUGCAUCCAUGGUCACGGGCAGACGUAGAUGUCGGUCGUCUUGAUAUUUUAUUUGCAAACAUCAAAUAUCAACAAAAUUUAGGGUAGCUGUUUGCAACUAAAAUACCAAGACAACCAACACCUAAGUCUGCCCGUGACCAUGGAUGCUGUAAAGGAUCCGAAACGUCAGGAUUAAAUAACAUAACCGCGAUAAAAUCGGUAAAAAUAGUUUUAUUUAAAUGCAUACCUACUUCUUUUUAUUGAUAUUAUGUGUAUUUGUUGCGAUGGCUAACUGUAGUUGGCUUCAAAGAACAUUUGUGUUUUAAUUUUUUUAUGUUUUUAUUUUUUAUUUUACUACCGGAAGAUUCUGAAGAGUAGCCAAAAAAUAUCAAAAAGUCUUUGAUUUUUAUGUGAUUGAAUAAUUAUGUUUAAGGAUUGUUACUAUAAUUUGUUUUUUUUUUAAUAAUUCUAAUUGUUACCCACAUUACUCAAUGUGAAGUUACGUACUUAUUAAAAUAAAAGUUGAUCUCACUGA